AUGCUCCCUGGUGAAUACAAAUAUUUGAGUAUUAUAGCUAAAACUUGGAAUGAAGUAUAUUUAGCUGAAAAUGUAAUAUCCAAACACAAAUGUUGUAUUAAACAAGUUUUAAUUGAUGCCUUUUUAAGAGAAAAAUUUUAAUUAGAAAUAUAGAUUUUGCAAAAAAUUAAAGCUAAUCCUCAUCCUAAUAUUAUUGCAUUUGAAGAUAGCUUCUACUAUGAAAAGAUUACAACAUAGGAUAAAGUAAGAAUUUGCCAUUUUAAUGCAGUCUAUCACUUUUGGGUGCAUUGUAAUGGAAUUGGGAAUCACCAAUUUAUUCCAAUACAUUAAAUCUAAGAAAUAAUCUGAUCCAGAUUUCAGAUUUUAAGAAUAAGAUGUGGCUAAUUUUUAUCUUACAAUGAUUAAAGCUCAUUAACAUCUUUAAGAGAUGAAAAUAGCACAUAGAGACAUUAAACCUGAAAAUAUUAUACUUGUAAAUGAUGAAAACUUAAACUUUAAAGUUUGUGAUGUAAUUUUUUGUUAGUUUAUAAAGCAAGGUGGGUUUUGGGACUGAAAUUAUUGAUGAGGAAUCUAGAUCUCGUACUAUAGGAGGAACAAUAGGAUAUUAAUCUCCAGAAAUUUAUACUGCAUUUAAAAGAAGAAAACCUUAAGCAAAAUACAAUCCUUAUAAAAGUGAUGUAUUUUCAUUAGGUCUAGUCUUUCUUUUAUUUGGUACUACUCAAUCAAUGAACAAAUAGGUAAAAGAGAGAUAGUUAUUAUAUAGUAAAGAGAAGAGUUAUUUGAUGAUGAAAGAAAACUAUCGCAUUAUUUGAAAGAGUAAAGAAAAAAGAUAAAGGAAACUUAUCCUCGUAUCAAAGGGAUUGCAAAGAUAUUAAAAUUAAUGUUAGAAAUAACUCCAGAAGAAAGAUAUGAUUUUAUUUAAUUAAACGAAAUAAUUCAUGAGAGAUAAUAUCUUGAAGUAAAAUAGGUAGGAAUUAUAAUCAAUUGAUAGCCUGCCAAAAUAAAUCAUAAGUAAUUAAAAUCCAUAACUUAAUUUGAUGAUUUUUAAUUAGAUAUAAAGAAUAAAGAAGAUGUAUAAUUAGAUUUGAAUGGAAUGUAAAAUAAAUCCCAAGAAGAAUAAUUAAAGUUUUUAGAAGCAAUAACUCAAUAGGUGAAGAACUUUUAGAUGAUUACCUUAUAAAUAAAAUUGGAGAUGAGUCAUUUAAAUGUCAGAACUGUGGCUCCCUUAGAGAAGUUAUUAAGUAGAGCAUUAAAUUUAAAAGAAUUAUCAUUACAGUUAUGGAAGUAUAGAGAUAUGUUUAAAAUAAAGUAAUAAAUUAGGAAAUUUGGGAUUAUUGAUGUUAUCAAAAUAGAUUAUGAAGAUGGUCGAUUUAAAAAAGUUGACAUUAGAAGUAUCAAACAAUAUGCUAUCAGAUUAAGGAAUUAAUAAUUCUUUAACUCUUUUAGAAGGUUUGAAAUAAAUGGAAGAACUUCGUUUAGAUUUUGGAUUGUAAUUAUAUACAUAUCUAUAUUAAUUAAUAUAGAAACCAUCUACCUAUGGAAUGUAGUGAAAUAUUUUUUACAGUAAUUUGUGGAAUGCCAAAAUUAAAGAAAUUAGAUCUUAAUUUAGAGAGCAAUUACAUGAAUUAAGUAUUAUCUAAAAUGGUUAAUUAAUCACUUAAGAAAUUACCUAAUUUGAAUCAUUUGACUAUCAAUUUUUCAAAGUAUGAAAUUUCUUAUUAUAUGAUAGUAAUCCUAUGCAUAAUGAAGGAUUGUAUGAGUUAGGAGAAAGUAUAUCUGAGUUAGAGUAUUGUGAAUUAAUUUUAUGGGGUUGUUAAAUAAAAGAUAUGGGAAUGGAAGAAUUUGCAAAAGGAUUAUAAAAAUGUGAAAAAUUGAAAUAAUUGAAUUUAACUUUAUGGAAUAAUUAAAUAACUAAAAAAGGUUGUGAAGCUUUAGGGCAUGCAUUAUUAAAAUUACCGAAAUUGAAUAUUUUAAUAAUUGAUCUAUCAAAGAAUAAGAUUGAAGAUGAUGGGGUAAGAUUUUUAGCUAAAUCAAUACAUGAAAUGUAGUAACAAAUAAGAGAAUUGAAAUUAUGGAUUGAAAAGUAUGAUAUGAUAAAUUAUAAGAAAAGUGUAUUUUGUUCAUCUUAUGGAUUGAGAUAUGUAAAUAGAUUACUUACUACUCAAAAGAAAUUGAGAAGUAUAAAUUUGAAUUUAAGAUCAAAUCAAAUAGAAUUAAAUGGUAUGGAAUUAUUGUAUAAUUGUUUUGGAGAGGCAGUAUAAUUGGAAGAAAUUAAAUUGAUUUUAGAUCAGUACUUUUAAAUAAAUAUAUAAUUUUUAGUAAUCCAUUAACUGAUUAAGGAGUGGAUACUUUGUUUAAGGGACUAUAAAAUUUGAGAAAACUUUAAAAGUUAAUUAUAAGUUUAGAAAAUGUAUAAGCAACUGGAGGUCCAAUUUCUGUUAUGUUACAAUCUAUUAAAUUAUGGCCUGAGUUAAAAGAUAUGCAUGUUAAUUUUCUUAAGUAAUAUAUAUAUAUUUUCAUUUUAUUCUAGAAAUCAAACUGAUUAUGCUGAUGAAAUGAAUUUGAAGAAUCGAUUAUUGGAAGUUUAAUCACAAGCAAAAGUUAAUAUUGAAUUAAAGUUUAUUAAUAAAUAAUGAUUAUAUUUAGUUUUAAUAAUCAAAAAUUAUUGUAUUCGACUCAAAAUAGAAUUUUGCAGUUCAAAUUUGAAAAUGUAGAGCAGUAGAAUAUGAAUACAGAACAAAUAAUUCAAUAUUUGAGGGAUAGAUGUUAGAAUAUGAGAAGGAGAAGAUAGAAAUAAAUAAAUGCAGUAUUAAGAGAGUUUGAUAAAUAUAAAUAUAAUGAUUCUUAUUAAUGAUGAUAAUUUAAUAAAAUAUUUGAAUUCUUUUGGUUAUUAAUUAAUUAUAAAUAAAAGAUUUAAAAAAAAGAAGAUUAGCAAUAAUGGUUUUAAAAAUAUUUAAGUUUUUAUUAGUCAAGAACAGGACCAAAGAAUUAAGUAGUAUUUGAUGGAGAGAAGAAGAAUUCAAUUAGAACUUAUAAUGGUAAUAAGUUUUAAUUAAAACAAUAGAUAAUUAGAAUAACAGACAAGGAUUCAAAAUAGGAUGGGAUAUUGAUUAAACAAGAAAAGAAGAUUUGAAAAUAGCAGGCAAAGUUGGUCAAGAUUAAAGAAACAGUGCUAAUGCGUAUUAAGGAAAUGCUUAUUAGGCUGAAGUAUUAAAUAAUAAUAACAGUAAAAAUAAGAUGAUGAUUAUCUGAAAUAAAUGUACUACUAAGAGAUGAACAGAAAAUAAGAAUAAGUUGGAGUUUAAUACAAAUAAGGAGAACAUUAUUAUUAAGACUCACUUGAUUAAUAUAAUGGAAAAGCAAAUGGAAAUUAUAGUAAUAAUAAUAAUCAAGAGAAUAAUUAUCAUGAUUAUGAACAUUAGCAACCAUCUCUAUUGUAAUAAUCAAAUAAGUAUGAUCAUUAUCAAUAACCAAAUGAUGAUGAAGCACUCUAUUAAAAGGUAUAACAGUUAUAUUGAUUAUCUAGUAUAAAUAGGGAAAUAAUGGUAAUAAAUAAUAUUCAGCUAAACCACCUAUCCAAUAAUACAACCCAAUUACUGGAAUUGCAUAUGGGAAUCAAAAUAGUUAGAAUGCUUACAAUGGAGAUACUUACAAUAAUUAUUAAGGGGUUACAGCAAAUUAAAAAACUAAUCCAUAUGAAUAAUAAUAAUAAGAUGAUGCUCUUAGCUAAUUUAGUUAAAGUACAAAACACAAUUUUAUCAUAUAGUGUAAUAACAUAAAGUCACCUCCAUGAAAAAUAGGAAUUCCAAUAUUUUCAAUGCCGAUUUACAAGAAACUGAGAAUAUCAACAAUACUCGAUAGAAUAGUAGAGUUCUUAAUAGAAAGAAAGAAUUAGAUGAUGCUUAAUACAAAGGUUAUGGUAUAAGUAUGAAUUAUAUUCAUAGGACAAUUUUACAAGAAUCCUAUUGAAUAGGCUCCAACUCAAUAUAAGGAACAAUAAUUUGUCAACAGAAAUAAAAUUGAUAAUCACAUAUUUCCAAAAUGA